CCUGCUCUACCAGGGCAGAGGGUAUAGCGCUGGUCUGUUACCCACUGUCAUAUGGGUGUUCAGGUUGCGCAGUAAGCAGGGGAGGAAAGAAGGGGGCAUCACUUGACUUUAUUAGAAAGGUGGGGAAGACACCUGCCGGGUCUUGUCUGGGUACAGAUCCCUGUUAGUAACAGUAUGGUCAAAGCCGCAUGGGAGAGUUUCUGCAAAGCGACCCAUAUCCUCCUGCUCCUAACGCUUACCCUCACUCCGAGCGGCAGCAGGCUCCAGCUCACCGGUGUUUUGGAUGACUGUUUCUGUGAUGUAGAAAGCAUAGAUGCCUUUAACAACUACAAGAUAUUUCCAAAGCUACAGAAAUUACAAGCACGGGACUACUUUAGAUACUACAUGGCGAACUUGAAGAGGCCUUGUCCCUUUUGGGCAGAUGAUGGGCAUUGUUCCAUUAAAGAUUGUCAUGUGGAGCCAUGUCCUGAGAGCAAAAUUCCAGUUGGGAUCAAAUCUGGGAAUUAUAACAAAUAUUCAUCAGCAGCAAAUUCCGAGGAACAUCUAGAAGCCUGUGAGCAAGCAAAUGAACUUGGAGCAGUGAACAGUACAUUAAGCAACCAAAGUAAAGAAGCCUUCAUUGCUUGGGCGAGAUAUGAUGAUGCACAAGAUCAUUUCUGUGAGCUUGAUGAUGAGCGAUCUCCUGAUGCACAAUAUGUGGACCUGUUGUUGAAUCCUGAAAGAUAUACGGGAUACAAGGGGCCCUCAGCCUGGAGAGUAUGGAACAGCAUCUAUGAAGAAAACUGCUUCAAGCCUCGCUCUGUCUAUCGACCUUUAAAUCCACUUGGACCAAAUAUAGGUGGAGAAAGUGGAGAGUCCUUCUACGAGUGGCUUGAAGGUCUGUGUUUAGAGAAGAGAGUAUUUUACCGUCUUAUAUCAGGACUCCACGCCAGCAUAAAUUUGCAUCUCUCCGCGAAAUAUCUUCUUGAGGGAACAUGGGGUGAACCACGCUGGGGACCGAAUCCGAAUGAGUUUAAAACACGAUUUGACCCAGCAGAAACCAAAGGAGAAGGUCCACGAAGGCUUAAAAAUCUAUACUUUUUGUAUCUGAUUGAACUUCGCGCAUUGUCCAAGGUUUCAUCUUACUUUGAGCGCUCUAUUGUUGACCUUUACACUGGAAAUAUGAAAGAGGAUGUAGAGACCAAGAAUCUGCUGCUGGACAUCUUCAAAGAUAUGCAGUCUUUCCCUAUGCACUUUGAUGAGAAAUCCAUGUUUGCAGGGAAUAAGAAAGAAGCCAAAUCAUUAAAGGAAGAGUUUCGUUUGCACUUUAAAAACAUAUCAAGAAUAAUGGACUGUGUUGGCUGUGAUAAAUGCAGAUUAUGGGGAAAACUUCAGACUCAAGGAUUGGGAACUGCUCUAAAAAUAUUGUUUUCUGAGAAAGAAAUACAGAGUCUUUCAGAGAACAGCUCAUCAAAAGGAUUUCAGCUUACACGGCAGGAAAUAGUUGCGCUAAUAAAUUCUUUUGGAAGGCUUUCGACAAGUAUCAAAGAGCUGCAGACUUUUAAGAUUCUUUUACAUGAUAAUAGGUAAUGGAAGAUGUGUAUCCUGUCUAAUUUUCUCUUAAGGUACUGUGCAAAAUUACCUAUAAAAUGCAGCUCUGCAAGAAGAAAUCUGCAGAAAAAUCACAUGGUGGACUAUUUAUUUGUUUUUGUUUGCCUUCCAAAGCAAAAGUAUUGAUUGCAGAAUUCUCACAGCUUCUCUUUCUUCAUCAAAUGAUCUUGCGUUGCUUUGGAUUUAAAUUUGAAUGUUACUUAAAUACUAAAAUCUCCAGGAAAAACAUCCAGUUCAAAAUAACUAUCUGUGGGAGUGUAUCCGAUACAGAAGAGUGAAUGAAAAUUUGCAAGAAUUCUUUUAAAUUAAGUAUGUCCCAAUAUUCUACUCUUUCCUUCUGUAAGUUGUGAAAUAAGUCAGGGAUGAUAACACAUUAUUGUACUGGAAUAUUUGUUUUAUCUUGAAUUGUCUUGCUCCCCCUUAUGUACAAAAAUAAAGUAGCUGAAUGGGACCAAAAAUAAACUCUAUAUAGACAUUAAACUAAAUGCGCCAGAAAGAGACCAAUCGCUAAGGAAAACAAAAUCCAAAACAUGUUCAUAUAAAACACACACAAUAUUAUUUAUGAGAAAUGUAGGUUGAGUGUUAAGACACAUUCUGCACACUAAAACAACAUUACUUUAAUGAAGCCGUUUUGUUGUAGAAAUCAUGCCCCUGCAGUUUCACUACUAAAUUCUCUGAUAUUUAGGAGGGAAAUCACUUUUGUUUCUGUCCAUGCCGCCCUAGCUACACCUCCCCUGCCUAUUACUCACACAGCCAACAUGAAAACAAUGGUUUUAUUUACAGUCAGAACUUAAAGAACAGUGUUUUUUUAAUUUAGAAUUUAUUUUCUCCAGGUAUAUUUUGAAUUUAAUUAUACACCGGAUGCCAUUGCAGGUUCUGACCAGCAGUUAACAGAGCAAGAGAUAAGAAUUCUAAAUUAAACAUAGGGUGCAAUAAUGGAUCCUAAAUACUUUUUUUCCCCUUCUUUCCAUGAAGUGUAAGGAAAGCUGUGUGUGUCACAUGCAGGGAGGUGUGGCUAGCACUGCAUAAAUUAAGUUAUUUAACUACUAUACAGCAGAGAAUUGAGUAGUGAGACUGCAGUGUCAUGAUCUAUACACCAAAACUGCUUAAUUAAGCUAAAGAAGUUUGGGCGUUUUAAGUGUCCCUUUAAAUAAUAUAGCAAAGCUCCAUACAAGUAUUGGAGACAAAAGUAUGAAUUCAUAGAAGCAAAUAAGGAUGAGACUGUGAAAGGCUGGAGUUAUGCACAGCAUGUGUUUUAAAUAUGUUAGGCAUUUUAAACCUGUAAGUCAACUGGAGGGAAUAUUCAAAAUCUGUGUACAUUAAUUGUACGAUUUAUUAAAUAAUAUGGAUAAAGUACUGAUUAUAGUUUCUCUAAUGCUCUUCAGAUGGUCUACAGGAUUAAUAAUGUUUUAUUUCUAUAUACUUUUGAACAUGCGUGUAUAACUUUCCUAUAGCAGAUAAUUCCUUUUGUGCCAGGUUCUAGGCUAGGGAAACACAGUGCUUCAUGAUGUAACAGCCACUAGCAUUCAGUUAAGAAACAAGUGCAGUCUUAUUUGUCCAUUAUGGGGCUUGGCUUCCAAAGAGAUUACCACUGUAAAAAAAAAAAAAAAAAAAAAGAGUAAAUCUCUAGUAAAUAAAUUAAAAUCUCUUAUACAUAUUAAUCAAUAUUAGCCAACAAAAUCCAAAAAUAGCAUAAAGAAAAAUAUGUGUACACAAAAAGUGUGAAGUGCUAGUGUACAAACAAUUAAAGUGAGAACGCAUGGUUUUGACAUUAUGGAUGAAAUCGAGUCCCCAUUAUAAUCUGAGAGUGUUGAUUCUUUCACUUAUAAGAAGCCCUACCCCCAAUGAAACAAACAAGAUUACAGGAAAAUAUACACUUGAAUACUUUCUACAUGUUUAAAGGGACAGUCCAUGGUUCAAGGAAGCAAUGCUCCAAAUGAGGUCUCAUCAGUGUUCUGUACAAUGGCAUGAGCACUUCCCUCUUUCUACUGCUAAUACCUCUUCCUAUACAACCAAGCAUUCUGCUAGCAUUUCCUGCUGCUCUAUUACAUUGUCUGCCUACCUUUAAAUCAUCAGAAAUAAUUAUUUCUAAAUUCAUUUCCUCAGAUGUUGAGGUUAGUAGUGUAAACCAAAAAAAACAAAAAACAUCCUACCUGGCCUUAGAACUGGGGAUUGUUACAGGGUUAUUCACUAAAGUGAGAAUUGACAGGAAUUCAAAGCAAAUUUCAAAUUUAAAGGGUUACUCCAGGCACCAUGCUGCUUCAGUAUUUUGAGAUUUUUAUUGUGCUUUGAGUCUGUAUGUGCAAUGUCUCAGUAUGAAACGCUGCACAGACUAAGAUAUUUUAUAUUGUUGCCCACCUCCAUCAGCACCACAAGCCAGCCUGUAACAAUAUCAAUUAUGUGUAUAUACAUAGAGGAUCACCUGAUGCUCUCAGCCAAUGAACGGCUGGUGGGAUUGGUGUCCAGAUUUAACACCUCUGCAAAAUCUGAAUGCGUGUCACCCGGCAGGAUCUAGGUAAGAUGGCAACCUGUGCAAAAUGGUUUGCCCCAUUACCAGGGACAGCGCCAUGGUACCACUCACAACGCUGAGUUGGUUAUGAUGCUUGGAUUGAUCCUUUACAGCCACAGUAGUCAAACUGAAACAUUCUACUAGUCAGCUAUUUUGGCUUUGAAUAACUCCGAUAGAGUUGGCGAAAUGGGAGUUAACAUGUUGAUCAACUGACUAGUUGGUGUCUUAAACAAAAUGAGGCAAUGAUAAAGUGGACAUUCAAUCCGUGCUUAAAGUCUACAGUCUUUCCUAGCCAAACCUGCAAAUUGUGGCUCUACAUUAAGUAUGGGGAGAGUAUUUUCUAUGGCGGUAAAGAAGAUAGAUGUGAGCAAAUAUUUGGGAUUUACAUAUAUAUUAUUUUUACACAGGCAAUAUAUGCUGCCUUUUUUGGUAGAGUAGUUAAAAUUAGAGGACCACUAAAGUAACCCAGGCCACUUCAUCUUAGAGUGCAGUGGUCUUUUAGUUGGAUAUUUGCACCUUUUUCGGCACUGGAAAAAGGUAAGUAAAAAAAUCUUUGUUUUAUAUUUUUAUUUACACACACAGGGAAUACAUGUUUGGAUGCCUAACACUUUAGUGUUCCUUGAAGGCGAAUCCCUUUUGGAAUCCUUUUAAAGAAGUGUUUGGGAUGACAAAAUUAUUCAAAUAAAGAAUUACCAGAAGUACGUUUUCUAUAAAUAUUAGUUAUCAUUUGUGAAUUAUGAGUGGAACUAAAUUGUAACUCCAAAAAUGUUGGAUCCUAAACGUAAAUAAAUUGAAGGUUUAUAUAAUUUUUGUUAAGGUAUUCAGCAAAAGCAGAGGCCUGACACCUCAUCAAUGUAACUCACUAACAUAAAUAAAGUUGUAUUAAAGAAUGAUGGGGGUUGCGAUCCCCAAAGAUGCAGGUAGUAUUCCACCAGUCCAAGGACAUGUUGUCAUAGGAGUGCUCAAAAUGUAUCAAACACAGCAGUCCCGGACUUCGAAAGAUAGUUAAUGAAACAUCACACAUAAUCCAAAUUAAAAGGAAUUCAGUGAUGACUACCUUGAUAUUUGUACAAAUAAAACUCAACAGCUUCAAGUCUAAAAUGGUGGGUAAUGCAACAAUGUGAGAAAUAACA